CCGCCAAUUUCAGUUUUUCUUUUACAAUGGCUACCCAGUAUAAACUGAGCUCCUCACAAAGAGAUCGCGUAAAGAAGUUCAGUGCUAUUACUCGAAGUUCUGAUAAGGUUGCUAUUGACUGCCUUCAGAUGAGCAAUUGGAGGUUAGAACAGGCCGUAGAUUACUUCUACAGACAGAAUCCAACUCCUCAAGGACCCACUAUUAAUGAGGCGAAAAUUGACCAUCUGUUCCAGCGUUAUCGUGAUCCUCAGUGUCCUGAUCGCAUACUAGCUACAGGGAUGGAGCUAUUUCUUGUCACAGAUCUCCAUAUUGACCCAGAAAGUUUAAUCACUUUAAUCCUAGCUUGGAAGUUUUCAGCAAAGACCCAAGGAGAAUUUACUCGCGAGGAGUUUUUUCGUGGGUUCAGAGAGUUGGGGUGUGACUCAAUCAGUUCCUUGCGUAAUAAACUUCCUAGUCUAUUAAGUGAUAUAGAAGACAAACAAAAUUUUCGUUCUUUAUACUUAUUCACAUUUGGUUUCGCUAAUUUGGAUAAACAUGAAAGUAAAUCACUAGGUAGGUAGACUCUUGUCUUCUAUUCAUUUAAGUAACUUCUUAUGGUAGUUAUUGUUAAUGUUGUGUAUUCGUUUCAAAAUUUAUUCAUAGCGUCUCCCAUUAUAUUAAAGAUUUGAGCACUAAAAGUGAUUAACCAAAAGGCACAAAUUACUGGCUACCAUCAGAUUGUAUUUCAAAAUGUUUCUCUACUUUUCUGUAAACUAGUUCUUUUGGUUCGAGAAUUGACCCUCCGAAAAAUCAUCUUCAGUUUAGCACCCGAAUGCCCUAGUACGGUCGAGAGUAGGAAGAGUCAGCUCUCCUUUUCGAAAUGCUGUCACAUGAUCACAUGCGUACAGCCACUGCCUACGCCUGAACAUCGAUUACCACGACGCGCAGUGCUGACUAGUGUUGGAAAUGGUUGGAAAAAAGUUAGGGACCGUCAAACCGAAACGUGCCAUCAGUGCUUGAAGUCACUAACUUCUAGUCUUAGCCAUGUUGGUAGAUGCAAACUACUUGGUUGGGGUCCGCAUGACUGUCGUAACCAAUGGUUGGAGACUCUGGGUAACAUGGCUCAGAAUCGAUCACAAUGGCGUAGGUGUAUAUACAUUUUGUCUUCCCUUAAACUAUGAGAUUUAAAUUAUUUCAUAUCUUUCUACGAAAUAAUUCUUUCUUUCUGCACUAUAUCCUCACAUAAAAUCCUUCCUUUAUAGAUUACACAAUUGAGUUAACUGCUUCUAUGAAUCCGGUGCUCGUCUUGCUGUGCUAUAGAGGUGUGGCAACUUGGACCGAUGCAUGUAUAUGCCUGGUUCUACGUUGUAACUGACUGACUGAGCCACUACCAGGGAAGUCCUACUCACUGCCUUCUCGCGGCGGGGCUGCUUACAAAAUUGAGAGGACGAAAAGCGAAUGUCCGGCGCUUUAACCGAGUUGGUGGACACGGAAGAUCCACCUAGGGGAGUUGAAAAACCCUCAUUCCAAACUAAUGGUGCACAUAAGCUCCAGGGUCCUGAGGAAACAAGGCAUAUGAACCAAUCGUUGGCCACCGGGUUCCAUGGGACUGCAUCUCCUGAAGUUGCCUCACUGCCUUGUGGAUUAGACCUCUAGGUCGAAGGGUCAGGGAGUGGCCCCCUAAGAGAACCACCUGCUUCCGAGUAUCCUGGUCCUCACAUAAAUCAUUUGAUUUAUGUGGUGUAUAUCUAUUUGGUGCCUUCUUGUACCAAUGUUUGUGUUUAAAUACAUAAAUAAAAAUUAGGUUCACAUAUUGUAUCACAUUUCUUAUCCGGUUGAUGAUAAUCGUUGAAGAUAAUGAAUUUUUCAUCAUAUGCUCUUAACCUCAUAGAUCAGAAAGCUAACAUUUCAUUAUAAGUUAAGGUAUUUUGUGUCACUUUAAUCUUCUACUUCGCUUCUUAAGAAUUUUAUCCUUUAACUCGGCAGCUCGGCUCUGAAGGUUCUGUCAAAUUUCGACUAUUGUAAAUCAAUAAAUGAUCAAAUUCCGAAACCACAUGUGUCGCUUAAACUCUUUCUUCAACGUUCAUACAUUAAUGUACAUCGAAUAACAAGCAGGUUUGGCUAUGACUCUGUAUAGGUCUCAAUACCAAGUUUGGACUUGAUAGUUCCAAAGAAAUUGACCAUUGGGUAGAAAGUUAAUGAUAAAUAUAUUUUUGUGAUAUCCCAAUGAGUAGAAAUUUGUAUUUCUGACGUUUCGUGACUUUACGUUAGUCACUUCUUCAAAGUAAAUAUUGUUUAUUUAUUUACUCGGGAAAAGUGACUUACAUUAAGUUAGAAAUACGUUCCAGUCAUCGGAAUAUUACAAAAACAUAUUUACUAUGUCUUAUUCAGUGUUCACUAUCACAACAACCUAUACUCAAAAUUCUAAUCAUGGACUACAAAUUCAUUUUUCAUCUGUAGAUAGGAAGAUUAUAUUGCAUAUAUGUGCUCAUCCGGUAAUCCUUGGGCAUUGGUAUCCCGUCCCACUGACCUCAUUGUUGCCUGGAGCCUCAGAACAGAGGUAACAUUUGAUCCUCGCUAAAAGUCGUCUAUAUGUCCUUAUGAUAAGCUGUUCGAUCUGUGUGAAAAUUUGCGUAUGUGAUGUAGAUUUCUCCUUUGGCCAAUAUUUCCUGCUAAUAUUUUUAUUUCUAUGUUAUAUUGUGAGCUACUCGUUAUUUUUCUUUACUAAUAUCUUAAAUUACAGUCCAUCUGUAAUUUAUCCUAAGUAUUUCAGCUUUUCAUGCUACUCAAAAUUUCACUCUUCCUUUCCAAACUACAUUCUUUGAAUUUUUCACUGUCUUUGAUAUCACUCUUAUCCACAUUUCUCUGAUUUUCGUCCUACUGAUUUAAACCUCACUAUGUUAGGCCAACGCAUAUAUACACUAGGACACUCGUUGUGUAUAACUAACUUAAAGAUUACUAACCAACCGUAAAACAGUUAAACUUACAUCCGAAUUUGUCCCAUAGUAGUUGAAAUAUCUAAUGCUUAAAUCAGCAGUUUGUGAAAUGAUGGUUAAGGUAAUCAACUUUAAACCACAAAGUUUUAAAUUAGAACCACGUUUCACCUACUAUUUUUGAACAACUAAUUAGCAUCACAUUUAGUAUGGCUCAAUGCCAAGUAUAUAAGCCUCUACCUAGUGAAUGGGUUAAUCUAAAUCAGUAAGCUACGAUUAUUUCCUUUUUUUAAUUAAACUUCUUUACCAGUAUUACUUCAUUGUGCGUGUAUUUGUUCAUAGUUCUUCAGUACGCUAUUCCCUACUGGGAAAUUCUUCUACGUGGUCGAUUUUGUCAUUUAUCCCUAUGGUUUAAAUUCCUUCAAGUAAGUCAUUUCAUAGACCAAUACAUUAAUUGAACAGUUGUUAGAUGUAUUUAAUUGACGGUAAAUUAAAGCGAAUUCUUUAAAUUUUCACAUUUUUUAUCUACACUAUUAGUGAAUUGAAAUAUAUAUAAGUGGGACGUAAUGCAACUUGCUUAAUUCCCACUUUCCUAAUGUCUAAUUUGAGCAGUUGCUCAUAGUAUUUCCUAAAAGAAUUCAGUUCACCGACCACAAAAGAUACACGUUUUAUGUGAUGGCUAAUAUGAACACUAGAUUCUCAAAUCAAAGUAAUGAGUUUCAGCAUGAAAUUAAAAGGUUGAUAACCGAGUUACUCAAUCAUUUAUCGACAACUGGAAGAGUUUCCAAUAUAAUAUUGGCUCUACCAACUAAAUCCACAUUGUUUAUUAAAACAUAUUACCAGUACCUCGGCCUAUAUUGUAAGCAGGUCUUGCAGAUAUAUUUCUUUUGUCUAACUACUUACUGAUGCAUUUUAAAUGGUUUCGACUAACAAACUUUUUUUCUAGUUUAUAACUUGUGUUACUGUUGAGUAUGUAUACAUUCUCACCACUGAACAGCCAAUUAUAUUGACUUAUCGGUUUUUUUGUCUUGAUAUUUCUAGGAACAUCAUAAACGUCCAAUUUCUAAGGACACAUGGGACCUUCUUCUAGACUUUGUUGAAACAAUUUAUCCUGACAUGUCUAAUUACGAUGAAGAAGGUGCUUGGCCAGUACUGAUUGAUGAAUUCGUCGAAUGGGCAAAGCCUCAAGUUCAGAUGGAUAUUCCACUAACAAACCACCCAUGAUCUUAUCAUGUAAUUUCGGGAUGAUACUUAUUCUUUUUGAAAUAUGCAGCUAUGUUAACCUCACAUUAUUUUCAGUUAGAACAUUUGUAAAGCUCGUCUUAUCUUUCUUCUACAACUAUCUUUCUCUUCAGGUUUUCUCCCUAUCUUUGCAAAUUAUUUAGUUACGAAUAAACUCUCACUUUCAAUGUGUAGUCUGUUUGUGUAUUCAGUCAUGGUUCUCUCGAAAAUUUUAUUGGCAAUUAGCACCGGUGAAUUGAGGUAAAUUCACAUCGAAAUCUAUGUGAGACCAGUCUCAGUCCAAUUAACCGUAUGCUACAUCACUUUACUUCAUAUUUCGUACAUUAUUCAGAAUUUCGAGUCAAUAUUUUGUUGUCUUUCUUUUAAAGGUGUUCAGUUAUUGGCUAAAAGAUCAGUAUAUUAAACAACAUACACUUAAGAAUAUUAUUCUUUGUCGUUUGCUUUGUUAAACUUCCAGAAAGAUUAGUACUUCACAUAUGUACCUAGUAUACUUAGCACUUUGUUUUUCUACAAUGCUGUAGGUUAUUCUAUCAAACUACAGUGUUAGUGCCAACUAAUAUUUCAAUCUGUUGAUGUACGCCUCAUCCCUACAUCACCUCCUAUCCAGGUUAUUUUUCCAGUGCACAUGUCCCCAAAAUUUCUUGUCUUGGCAUCUAACAUGUAAACUGUAUAAAUUUUGUUCAAAUAUAUAUUAUAUUCUUA